AUGAGCACGGAGUGCGGUUUUUUACUGUAUGUGGAGCACCACUACGGAAGUAUUAACGGCAUUAGGUCUCCAGCGCGCGAAAUCCUGUGCGAAAGGACUAGACCGGCAUGGGAGAAACUUACGGCAUACGAGAAGCAGAUCUGGACCAACAGAGCAGUAGAGCUUGCACGGUUGGAUCCGCGACGACGAUAUUUCGACGUCUCCAAAGAUAUCACAAGCAACGGCGAUUAUAUUUCACGUCGCCGUCGUAAAGCCGAGCAACGAACUGAGGGUUUUCGUCGUCGUCCUACCUUUCCAACCCAGGAUGUCCUAGAUGAGGACGAAUUUUUCACUGUUGGACAGCCUGUCACUACGUUAAAAGGAGGUGCCGGUCGUUUUCUUGUUUGA